CACCCCCGGCCUCUAUAAAUUUUCCGACCACCGAGAGACGGCGGAUGGCGGAGGAGAUAAAAACGGGAUUUAUUGGAAUUAAGAAAUGGCGGAAAACAAUGAAGUGAAAAUUGAAGAAAAACAACAACAAGAAGAAGAACAAGAUUUAUUUAAAUGGGAUGAAAAUUCACAAUUAUAUUACCAUGCCAGUAGUGGGUUUUAUCAUGACCCGGCUGCAGGCUGGUAUUAUAACAGCAAUGAUGGUCUGUAUUACAAGUUCAAAAAUGGGAGUUAUAUGCUGUGGGAUACGGGCCAAGCUGAUCAAUCCAAUACUAAUGAGAGAAUAGUUUCUGUUGAUGAUAAUUGUACUCAUGAUGAGCCUCACACGCAUGCCUCUUGUGAUAAGGAGAAAAUUGAAGAUGGUGAAUUUGAAGGUUAUGUAGCAGUAUCAGAGGAAGUGAUUCCUCAUGAACCGAUAGCUGAUACAGAGUCCUUAACCAAUGAUCUUCCUGAAAGUGUACCGCCACCUUCUGAAUGGCUCGAAGACACACUUAUAGAACUUUAUUUGUCGGGUUACCCCAACCAAACAACGGAUGGUGCUUCUGCUGCAAGGACGCCUGAAGAUGACACUAGUUUAAGUAUUCCUAUUGAUGGUGUAGGCAAUGAUAAUGAUGAUGAACUGGAAGAGGGAGAAUGGAUCCCGGAUGAGACUCAUGAAGUGGUUGCUUCUGAUGAAGAUGCUUUUGCUGAGGAAGAAAUGUGGCGUGCACAAUAUGGUCAGGCAAUUCAUUUAGACAAAUUCCCUGUAUCCGAUUACCCGGUUGUGGACUUGUGGGAUUGGGAAAUGGUAAAAGAAACCAGAAAGGGCCGAAAACGUCGCAUACGAAGAUUAAUAGGACGAUUAGUGAAACGGUCCUCUAAACUCCACCCUUCAGUGCCUGCAAGUGGCCGUGUACUCAAAACUGCUCCAAUACGUGAAGUGCAUCUUGAUCUUGUACGAGUUAGAUCAGGAAAGGUAUACAAGUUGAGGAAUCCAAAAACUUCAUAUAUAGCUUCAUUGUCAUCUUAUGAUUCCUCAAAUCCGACAAAAGGUUGGGGGUUCCCGGAACUAUCAAUGGAGAAGAAAGUCAGUCAACAUAAUGAACCUAAAAGGGAAGAAGACUAUGUUGAAGAAGUUGAGUCAGAAAAGGUUCUCUCAUUCAGUGAAAAGCAUAAAGACCAUACGUAUAGAGACAGAGCUGCUGAGAGAAGAAUCCUGCAUGGUGGUUUUGGAGUUGGUCCUGGUCAAAAGAAAUCAGUGGAUGAAGUAGAUUCUGGAUCUUCAUCUCCUGUUUCUCCCAAUCCAGAAGAAGCUGCAGCUGAAGCCUUGCAAAUAUCAUUCGGAGUAGGUAGUUAUGCUAGAAGAAUGUUGGAAAACAUGGGCUGGAAAGAGGGAGAGGCACUUGGAAGCAGCAUGAAGGGAUUAACGGAGCCAUUACAAGCAGUUGGAAAUAAAGGAGGUUCUGGUUUAGGAUGGAAUCACAAGUCCAACUGGAACCGCAUCUGAUUUAAUCAAACUACUAUCCAGUUGUUGCUAUCAAAACAAAGCAUAUCGGUCCAAACAUAUGGUUCUCUCCUGGCUUCUAAAUGGUAUGGUUUAUCUAUAUCCAGCUUCUCCCAAGGGUCGUUAACCACUUAACGUGUGGUCACUUUGCACGAAUUAUCCCCUAAGCUUAUGCAGGUUGGUGGUUGCCGCUAUAAAAAAUGAGUAUUAGUCAGUGUACAUAUCUACUUAUGCUAUGACUUUGUAUAUGAACCCUGCUGUUAGAACUUCUCUAGUUCUCAACUUACACAAAGUGUACCAGUCUAUGUAUAGUUAACUUUUAGAGUAAUUACAAAAAUCGUUGUGCUCUUCGAUCUUUGCAUGUAUCA